AUGCAUACUCUAUGCAGAAGAAAAUCGUCCAAGACAUCAGUGUUACUCUUGCUUCAACAGUUCAGGCACCAUGGAACAAUUUAUUCUCUCUCCUCUGGUUUUGGCAAGGCUGGAGUAGCUCUCAUUAGAGUAUCAGGCCCACAGACUUCAACUGCAUUAAAAUCACUUUGUAAAUCUGAUAUACCAAAGCCAAGAACGGCUGUAUUGAAGAAACUGUUUGAUCCCGAGUCUUCAGAGUUGAUUGACAGGGGCUUGGUAUUAUGGUUCCCAGGUCCUCACAGUUUCACAGGUGAAGAUGUCUGUGAAUUCCAUGUCCAUGGUGGAAGUGCUGUUAUCAGUGCUGUGUUACAUGCAUUGGGAAACAUUGAGGGCCUGGAGCCAGCAGCACCAGGGGAGUUUACCAAAAGAUCAUUCCACAAUGGCAAAUUGGACCUCACUGAGGUGGAAGGACUGGGUUCAUUAAUUCAUGCUGAAACAGAAGCUCAGAGGCGACAGGCAGUCAGACAGAUGGAGGGGGAUCUCAGUAGGCUGUACAAUGACUGGAGACUGAGACUUUUAAAGUGUGUUGCAAAUGUUGAGGCCUAUAUUGACUUCAGUGAAGAUGAUAACGUAGAAGAAGGAGUCUUGGAUGAAGCACAAGUUAAUGUCCAAAAACUUAAGAAAGAAAUUGUGAAUCAUCUGUCAGAUAACCGCAGAGGGGAGCGGUUACGUACUGGUGCACAUGUCGUUAUUGUAGGACCUCCCAAUGUUGGAAAGAGUAGUUUGCUAAAUCAUUUAUGUCAGCGCCCAGCAGCAAUCAUAUCUCCUACAGCAGGUACCACCAGAGACGUGGUGGAAACAGCUCUGAAUAUAGGUGGCUUUCCUGUGCUGCUGAGUGAUACUGCAGGACUCAGGGAAACUGAGGAUGUGGUGGAGAGAGAGGGGAUUUUAAGAGCACUGAACAGGUGUGGCAAACUGUACCACAGACAUGUUUAA